AUGCUUAACAAAAUGGUUUGGACAUUAUACGUAGGAAAUUAUGAAGAUAAUCGAACAGAUCAACCAUACUCAGGAUGGAUAGCCAAAUCACCAAGAAAAGCAUCAGAAAAUGAUCCUCCUUUUAAACUUCCGAUUAGAACUUUUCCAAAACUAGGAAUAUAUUCUUCAAGCGAUGAAUCAGUCAUUGAUUCACACAUGCUGUUGAUGAGAAAUUCUUUAAUUGACUCCGUAAUCUUUAUUUGGGAUGGUCAUCACAAUAAUUCACAAAAAGAAGAAAAAACACUUGACUUAUUAUUUAAAUACGCAGGUAUAUACGGAAUGAGAGUCGGAAUACAACUAAGAACAACAUCUGAAACCACAAAUCAAACAAUUUACGAUUCUAUUAAAUAUUACAUAGAUAAAUACGGACAAAGCCAGACAAUGCUUAAAAUAUUCAGUAGGCCAGUUGUUAUACUAUAUGAACCCUACAAAAUUUCUAAUAUUUAUAAAUUAAUUUCAAAUUUAAGAAAUUCGGCUUAUGAUUGCUAUUUCGUAAGUACCAUUGAGAAUAUAUAUCAAGUAGGUAUUCAAAAUGAAGAAGGAUUCAAUUCUGUUUUUACAUAUUCAGUAAAUGGAGCUUAUUCAACAGGAAAACCAGAAAAUUGGAAGUCAUUAUCAAAGGCAUGCAGAGAAAGAGGAAUAACAUUGAUGUUGGCCGUUGGCCCUGGCUACGAUGACCAACUUUCAAAUGAUUGGCAUCAUUCUUAUAAUAUUCAUCGCAAAAAUGGAUCACACUAUCAAGAAAUGUGGAAGAAAGCAACAGAAAUUGAUCCAGAUGUCAUCAUUAUUAACUCUUUCAACAAUUUUUUGGAAGGAACAAAUAUUGAACCAGCUGUUCCAAGAAAAGAUUAUGAAUUUAACCAAAAGUAUUGGGUGGAUGCUUAUGAUCCGGGUUAUUACGUUAGAAGAACGCUUGAGUAUGCUGCUGCAUAUAAAUACGAAUAA